AUGUUACGAUAUAUCGAAUUUUGUUUAUAUUUAGAAAAAUUAAGUUUAGUAAAAGAUGGUUUGCACCAAUAUAGAAUUAUAUGUCAACAUGGUAAUAUAGCAUCUCUUGGGAAAGUCAUUACUGAUUUUCGAGAUAAAGCAGAAGAGAAGGUUCGAUUAGCUAAAGAGAAUAUGAAUAUUAAUAAAGAUAAGAUAGAACAAGAAGAAAGUAAUGUAGAUUUUACAGAAAAAAUUUUAAUGAAUUCUUUAGAUAUGGAAAUAACUGGAAAAUAUGAACGAAAAUUACAAAAUGCAUAUAAAAUAUGUAUGGAAACAUAUAAGAUGAUUUUAGAAAUAUUAAGAGCUACCCCUAAAUUAGAAAAGGCAUAUCAUGAUACUGCUAAAAAAGCUUUAUUAUUUUGCAAAGAAAAUAAAAGAUUAACAGAAUUCAAAAAAUUGAGUGAUCUUUUAAGAAAUCACUAUAACUUAAUUUUAAGAGGAAAGCAUAAGCCUGAAUAUCAAUCUCUUUUAAAAAUUGAAUACCAUUUAGAAACAAAAAUAAUGCAACUUGAAACUGCUUGUGAACUUGAAAUGUGGAAAGAAGCAUCAAAUAUAGCAGAAGAUAUUUAUAAUCUUAAUAUGCAUGAAUAUUUUUAUAAAACAUUAAAAUCGGGAGCUAUGGAAUCAGAUAUGAACAAUGCUGAUCAAAAUGAUUCCAAAAAAAAAAAUUCUGAUAAAGAUGACGAAAAAGAUGCAAACGAAGCAACUACCAGUGGUAGUGCUGCUGCGACUUCAGCAAUUGCUAGCCAAAAUAAACAGAAGGAAAAUUUAAAAAAAUGGAUUUCAAUUUUUUACGAAAAAAUGGCUGAUAUAUUAUUUGUUUAUGAAAGUGAAUUAUUUCAUGGUUUGGCAUGGCUAAAAUAUUGUUUCCAUAUAUUAAAUUAUGGAAUAAAUAUUUCUGAAGAAAGGAAAAAAUUUAUAUGCACAAAAGCCGUGCUUGCUGUUCUAUCAAUACCUCGUAUUGGAAACAAAAAGAAUGAAGAUUAUGCAAAGAUUUUCGAAGCACAUAAAAAAAUGUCCCAAUUAUUAGGACAUACAAGUGUUCCAGUAAAGGAAUCAUUGAAAAAUGGAUUAAAAGUACGAAACAUAUUAAACUAUGCAGAUGAGAAUGCACAAAAAUUAUAUUCUUUAGUAGAAAAUAAAUUUACACCUUUAAGUUUGUGUGUAGAAUGCGAAGUAUUAUUAAAAGAGUUAGAAAAAACUGAACAUAAUAUAUAUAUUAAUAAAAUAAAAGAAGUAAUUUUUCAUAAAUUAAUAUUACAAUUAUCAAAAGUAUAUAACUAUAUAUCUAUUGAUUAUUUUAUUGAAAAUAUAUGCUCUGAACAUUUUAUAUCAUGGAAUGAUGCUGAAACAAUGUUAGUCGAUUUAGUAUAUCAAAAAGAGUUAGAAAUGAGAAUCGACUUAACAAAAAGAGCUAUAUAUUUUGGUGAUAAAGAAAAUAUAAAUCGUAGUAAAUUAAUAAAAGAUUCACUUAUAAAUAUGUACAAUGAAUUAUAUAAUGGGUUACGAAUGAUUAAUGAAUCUAUAAGUAUAGAAAAUGAAGUAGAAAAUACACAUACAAAACUAUUAAACUAUGAACAUGAAUUUAAUUUAUUAGAUAAAGGAAAUAAACAUAUAGGAAAUUAUGCUACUGCAGAUAUUGAGGAUAUUGUAGAAAAUGAAAUUAUUGAAGACAAACCAAUAGAUGAUGAAAAAAUAUUAAAAAAAAUAUAUGAUAAAAUAGAUGAAGAACAUCACAAGUUACAGCUUCUAAGCGAAGAACAUAAUAAAAAACGAAAGGAAAUGUUAAGAAAACAAAAAGAACAAGAACAAGCUCAAUUAAAAAUAAGAAUGGAAAAGAGAUUAUUAGAAGAAAAAUUAGAAAAAGAAAAGAGAGAAGAAUUAGCAAAGAAAGGAGAAAAACUUAGAAUAAAAGAAGAAAAGAUAAAGAAAAAAUCAGAAGCUGCAGAACAAAUGCUUAAAGAAAUUAAAAAAUUAUGUACUAAUACUACUAGUAAAAUAUUAAUGAAAGGAAAAUAUCUUGAUGAAAUUACUAUUGAAGAUAUAUUAAAUGGAUAUGUCGAUUUUGAGGAUAUUGAAGAAGUACAAGGAAAAAUCCGAUUAAAUGAAAGAAAUGAAAUUAUAAAAAUUAGAAAAGCUGAAGCUAAAAAAGUUGAUCAUUAUUUUAGAGCCUUAAGACAAGUAGAACUUAGUCAUAUGAAUAAAUGGAUAGCUUUAAUUUUCCAAGAAGAUACUGAAAUUUUAUUACAAGAACAAAAAGCAGCUGAAGAAGAGAAAAAAGCUGAUUUUGAAGCUGCACUUAAAGAAAAAGAAGAAUAUAUGAAAUUUUCUAAUGACAUUGAAGAAUUUACUAAAACAGAAAUGCAACAAAGAGUAGUAGAAUUUGAAAAAGAUCUAAAAGAACAAAAAGAACGUUUACAUAGAUUAUUAAAAGAAGAAAAAAUACAAAGAGCUAGAGAUAGAAGGGAACAACAUAUUAGGAAAUUAAAAGCAGAAGAAGAAAGAAAAAGAAGAGAAGAAGAAGAAGAGAGGUUAAGAAAGGAAGAAAUUGAAAGGAAAAAGAAAGAAGAAGCUCAUAAAAAAAAACUCGAUGAAAUAAGUAGAAUACAAAGAGAAAGAGACCUAGAAAUCGAACAACAAUUAUUAAAACAAAAUGAAGAAUCCAGAAGUGGAGAAAAAUCUUUGAGGAAAUCAUCCGCCGAUGAUGAAUUCACAUGGAGAAGACAUGAAACAGGUGCUUCUCAAUAUGACGAUGAUAAUCAUAAAAGGCAUCAUGAAAAUAAUGACGACCAUUAUAGAGAUUCUUCUGAAAGAAGAGAUAGAAAAGGUUGGUCCGGAAGAGAUAGAGAUCGAGAAAGAGAAAGGGAUAGAGAAAGAGACAGAGACCGAGGAAGAGAUAGAGAUAGAGAAAGAGAUAGAGACAGAGAAAGAGAUAGAGACAGAGAAAGAGAUCGAGACCGAGGAAGAGAUAGAGAUAGAGAAAGAGGUAGAGAUAGAGAUAGGGAUAGAGAUAGAGAAAGGGAUAGAGAAAGAGACAGAGAAAGAGGUAGAGAUAGAGAUAGGGAUAGAGAUAGAGAAAGAGAUAGAGAAAGAGACAGAGAGAGAGGAAGAGAUAGAGAUAGAGACAGAGAAAGAGAUAGAGGUAGAGAAAGAGACAGAGAAAGAGACAGAGGAAGAGAUCGAGAAAAAAGAAGAGAUAAAGAUGAUUAUAGUCCAAAUAAUAGUGAUAAUGAAAAGGAAAGAAAUGCAUGGAAUUUACGAAAUGGUGACGGUGGUAUUGAAUCCGAUGAAAAUAAAAAAAAUCACGUAAAAGGUGAUGAUAGUGGAAACAAUUUGAAAGGAAGUAAAAGAGAUGGAGAAAAACAUAAGGAUAAUGAAAAUACCAGCAAUGAUAAACGAGAAGAAAAAGGUGAUGAAAAAGGGCAAGGAUCUGAUGGAGGAAAUUUUACAGUUUUUACCAAAAAGAAAAAAAACUUUUUAAGAUAUUUUACAAAAACAUAA